GUGCGCGCAGCGACGGACGCACACCACUUGCAUGCGUGCAACAGAUGCCGGCUAAUAAUACCGCCGCGCUGCGCCUUUAAGGAGGAAACCCAAACCCCGCGCGCGUCCUGUCUCCAUCAUUUAUCAGAGGAGCAGCCGAGCCGCGAGCCUCUUUCUGCCGGCUCCCUGUUGUCUCGUCCCACAUAAACCGGAUUAAGUUACGCGUCGCGCCUCUGAGAAGCGGCCACCGGAUUAGAGUCACGCGCAGCGAGCCGCGUCGCCCCGCCGACGGGUUUUACGCACGGUCGGCUUCCAGAGUAGAGGGUCUCCUUCAACGACCCCCCCGCCUCCAGCCUCCUGACCCCCGCGUCUCUCUCCUUCUGCACCGCCGGGGAGCCCUCCACGCCGCCGGACAUGGCCGAGAUGGGGAAAGGGGGCACGGCCGGGAAACUGGCCAUCAGCGUCCAGAAGAGGCUGACCAGAGCGCAGGAGAAGGUCAUGCAGAAGCUCGGCAAAGCGGACGAGACGCGAGACGCCGCCUUCGAGGAAAUGGUGGCAAACUUCAACAAGCAGAUGACAGAGGGCGGUAAGCUGCAGAAGGACCUGAAGGCCUACCUGCUGGCAGUGAAGACCAUGCACGACGCGUCCCGCCGGCUGCAGGACUGCCUCGCCGACAUGUACGAGCCCGACUGGUUCGGCAAAGAGGAGAUGGACGCGCUGACGGAGGAGAUGAUAGAGAAGGAGAUGGACAAUAACUUGGAGGACACAGACACGCUGUGGUUGGACUACCACCAGAACAUCAUGGAUAAACCUUUGACCUCUCUGGACUCGUACCUGGCUCAGUUCCCCGAUAUUAAGGCUCGCAUUGCCAAGCGCGACAGGAAGAUGGUGGACUUUGACAGCGCGCGGCAUCACUUCAGCUCCUUACAGAAAGGGAAGAAGAAGGAUGAGGCCAAGAUUGCCAAGCAAGCGGCUCUGUUGGAGAUGGCGGCUCCCAGCUGGGCUCAGGGUUUGAUAUCAGCCCACCAGGUGGCUCAGACUAACCUCUCCUUCAACCAGGCCGAGGAGGAGCUGGGUCGCGCUCAGAAGAUUUUCGAGGAGCUGAACGUGGAGUUACAAGAUGAGCUUCCAUCACUGUGGGACAAUCGUGUUGGCGUCUAUGUUAACACAUUCCAGGGCCUGGCAGGUCAUCAGGAGAAGUUCCACGGGGAAAUGAGCAAGCUCAGCCAGAACCUGAACGACAUCAUGACCAAACUGGAGGAGCAGCGGGAGCUGAAAAAAGAUGCUUCUGCAGCAGCAAAGACAGGCGAAGGAUCCAGGAGUGAGGGACCCAACCACAGUGAAUCAGCCAGCUCUGCACCAAAGAGGCCCGGUCCUCCUCCCAGCCGGCCUGCGGCCCGCCCGGCGCCGUCCCCGGACCUGAGGCAGCAGCGGGCGGACUCGGCGGAGGACGAGGAGCCCGACGCCGACGCAGACUCGGCGGUCACCGCGGCAACCGGCCCAGCGACGACGCAGCAGGCGCCAUCAUGGGACCCGUGGCGAGAACAGACCACCGCAGAGCACGAAGACCAGCGACACCUAGAGGAGGUCCGAGGUGGCUGGGGGGGCGGGGGCCAUGCCGCCCCGUCCAGCAGCGAGCCCGGCUGGGGGGCGGACGGGGCCCAGGUGGGAGGUGACUGGGGGGACGCAGGAGAGGCGCAGAAUGCGGUGACCAACGGCUCAGACGGAGAUCUGCCUCCAGGAUUCCUCUACAAGGUGAAAGCGGUCCACGAGUACGCCGCCACCGACGGAGACGAGCUGGAGCUGAAGAUCGGAGACGACGUGCUGGUCCUGGCCUUCGACAACCCGGAUGAGCAGGAUGACGGCUGGCUGCUCGGCGUGCUGGAGGCCCACUGGCUGCAGAACAAAGACACUUCAGCCAAAGGCGUCUUCCCCGAGAACUUCACUCAGAAGGUUUAACGGUUCAUGCCGCAGAUAGAAGCCCCCCCAGGAGGAAGCGUCUCAUCUCAGUGUCAUCACACGGCCCCGCUGAAAGGUGGUAAACGUGGUGCUACGUCGGUUGUCGUCGUGUGCACGCUGAGCCGAGUGAACGUCUGCAUGGAGCUUUGCUCGAGUCGGACCGGAGGAGAGACGCUCCCCGCCGAAGGGGACACCAGCUUCUAUCUGACUGGACUUUGACUUCAUUCUCGUGCACACUUGCUUUUAUUUGGGUUUUGAGUCCUCUUCUCAUUGCUGAAUGCUGUUCCACUCCAAUCAGACAUUGAACGCAUCACUGCUGUGCACACACGCUGCAGAAGAGACUCCGUUCACCAGCUGAAUCCACGCAAACCCUGUUUUUAUAUUGUGUGGAGUUGUUAACCAGGUGAUAACUAAUGCUGACCUGUCGGCGUCAUUAAAGAUGAACCAUGAACUACAA